GAACCCACACGCACAGAGCCACACUUCUACCCUCUUUACCUGCGCACCCUAAAGCGGCCACCACCGCCACCUCCUUCAACCCCUCUCUCUCAUUCGCUGAACCAAACCAAUACAAAACAAAACACCACUUCUUCUCUCUAUGAAUUAGGGUUUCUUCCUUCGAUCACCUUCAAUUUCUCGAUUACACCUGUGUUUCAAUGCUUGUCAGCUCCAUCACCGUCCAAUUACACACUGUGCAGCCCAUUUCUGAUUCGAUUUCUUGGCGAAUUCGGUGUUUUCUUGAGUCUGGUUCUUUGAUUCAGUUCGAAUCGCUUCCUUUUUCUUGACUCUGCGUAAUUUAUGGCGCCCAGUCGCAAGAAGGGCGCCAGGAAGGCGGCGGCGGCUGCCGCCGCACGUCGGCAGUGGAAGGUCGGAGAUCUCGUGCUUGCUAAGGUUAAGGGCUUCCCUGCCUGGCCCGCCACGGUAAGUGAGCCGGAGAAGUGGGGUUAUUCCUCUGAUGGGAAGAAAGUACUUGUUUACUUCUUUGGAACCCAACAAAUAGCAUUCUGCAAUCCUGCUGAUGUUGAAGCCUUUACUGAAGAGAAGAAACAGUCUCUUGCCAAACGACAGGGAAGGGGUGCUGAUUUUGUGCGUGCAGUAAAGGAGAUUAUUGCCAGUUAUGAAAAGUUAAAGCGAGACAUCCAAGUUCAGAAAACUUGCUCCAAUGAUCAAGUUACUAAUGUAGAUGUCUCAAAGCCAGCUGACUCGUAUGCUAACGUAAAGGUUCAAAGAGAUGCUCCUUUGACACAUGAUUCACAAAAUAAAUCUUCAAAUUUGACUGACAGACAAGACCUAGUUUGUGCAGCUGAGAAUGGUCCAGUAGUUGCAAUUAGGGGUGAAUCCUGUAAUAAUGAGGUAUCAUUGGAAGAACCUACUGAUGAUGCUGUUGCAACUGCAACUGGGAACUCACCUUUGCCAGUAACUUCCCCAUCUCCAGGAAGAUGCAAAGACUUGCAUCUGGAAAGCCAUGUACUACAAAGAAAUGAGCCUGUUCGAAGAUCUAGAAGCUCAUCACGAGUCCACAACAUUGUUGUGCCUUGUGAUGCUGGAGGUAAUGCUGGUGAAGUAACUCAUAUUGUGCCUAUAACCAGGAACAAACGGAUUAAAAAAUCACCUGAUCUCUCUGGGUGUGAUGAUGCUGAUUCUUCAGCAUAUGCCUCCGAUGUCAGCAUGGAGGACAAUGGUUCUGAAAAUAUUGCUGUUGAUUCUGAUUCCUUUAGCCCAAAUGAGGGAAGUACACUAGAUUCAGAUUUUAAACUUGGACAGUCUGAGAAUAGUGAGUGGCCUGAAUUUGAAGUUGAGUUGAAGAAAGGGCUUGAUCUAGAAAUUAAGGCUGUAUUCAAUAAGAAGAAAAGAAAACCAAAUAGGAAGAGGGCAAAUAAUGAUUCUGCCACGCCAUCCAUCAGGAAAGAGGAGCCUGAAUCUCAAAAUGCCAAUCACAGUUUGCAGAAUAUGUGUGGAAAUUCAAUUGAGAAAUGCUUAAAUCAAGACGGAGAUGAACACUUGCCCCUAUCAAAACGAGCCAGAGUUAGAAUGGGCAAAUCAUCCAGUGAGGCAGAGCUCAAUAGCACUGUGCAAGCUCAAGAGAAAAGCUAUAAGGAAGACAUUGUUAACUCACCAAAGCAGAUAAUCACAUCCUCAAAUUGUGAAAAUGGUAGCCUGGCUGGUGAGGAUCCGGUAGCAUUGAAUGGAACAGUGGUUCUCGUUUCUUCUUCAAAUUUGUUAGAGCCACAUUUUGAAAGUGGAUCUCAGAUUUGUAAAACAAAAAAAGAGAAAAUGUUUGGCUGCACAAUGGAUGUUGAAGCUGCUUUACCUCCAUCUAAGCGCCUCCAUCGUGCUUUAGAAGCUAUGUCUGCUAAUGCUGCUGUAGAAGAUCAAGCUUGCAACGAGCCAUUGUCAUCCUUAUUGACAUCGAGUGGAACUUCCACAAAGAGAUGCCCUUGCAUGACCACAAAUUGCAGUAAAGGAGGUACUGAUUUAGAAACGCAAGGCUUGGAAUCGUGUGCCAUUGGUUGUUCUCACAUCAGUGUAUCUAGUAUCACCACCUGUUCAAAUGCAAUGAUUUCAACAGAGAAUAAGUCAUCUUCUGAAGUGGAUAAGCAGUUGAGCAAGUAUCAAUGCCAUGAAGCUUGCAAAGAUGUUGUCCUAGAUGGUGUGGAUCAAGUUGGUGAAAAUCUUGGUGAUUCUGUGGUCGAUCAGGGUGCUAAAACAGAUUCACAAAUUCAGUUACAUGGAAACAUGUCUCCCAAUCUUGAUGUGAAGUGUUGUGAAGUUAGAAGCAAUCAAGAUUCUCCAGGUCCAUCAUUGCCACCAAAAGAUGAAGACAAUAUGAAAACUGUGAAUCAUUCAAAUCCAUCUGAUACAUUAGAACUUAAUGGAAUAAGUGUUGAUCCUGUGGCAGGUCCCGAUGAAAGUGGUAAAGUGAUACCUCAAAGUAGCAUUAAUGUGGGUGAGAACAAGGUUGUUUGUGAGGAUACACAGUGCUCAAAGCAAGCCAUUGAUGAAGGCAGCAGAAUUAAAAACAUGCAUGAGGCUGUGAGAGGGGUAGAAAUCAAGGGGCAAGAGGAGUAUAUGAAUUUGACCUCGAUAUCCAAUGGUUGUUUGGGUGAAAAUGGUACUUUGUGCAUUCAGUCAAGCCCGUCCUUGACUGGUGGUGGAGGCUGCGUUCCUCAAGGAUCACCUCCAAAUACAUCAGUUUGCAAUGUUUCUACAUCGGACAGUAGUAAUAUUCUACAAAAUGGAAGUUGUAGCCCUGACGUACACCAGAAGAACACUUCAUCUGGUCCCAUUGAUGGAUGGAAAGAUGGGUCUGUAGCAAAUCAACAAUCAAGAUUGACAGGCAAGUCAACUGAUGCAGGGAAUGCUGCUUUGUUGUACUUUGAAGCAAUGCUUGGAACAUUGACAAGGACAAAGGAAAGUAUUGGGCGGGCAACCCGAAUAGCUAUGGACUGUGCAAAGUUUGGCAUUGCUGCUACGGUGAUGGAAAUUCUUGUCCGAAGUCUGGAAACUGAGUCAAGCCUGCAUCGGAAGGUGGACCUAUUUUUCCUUGUUGAUUCUAUUGCUCAAAGUUCUCGUGGUUUGAAAGGUGAUGGUGGAGCAUAUCCAUCCGCUAUGCAAGCUGUCCUCUCACGCCUAUUGUCUGCUGCUGCUCCUCCUGGACAUACUUCGCAAGAGAAUCGCAGGCAGUGUCUUAAGGUUUUAAGGCUGUGGUUGGAGAGAAGAAUCCUUCCAGAAUCCAUUAUUCGUCGUCAUAUCCGAGGUGUUUAUUCACGACGUACGUUACGGACAGAGAGGCCUUUAGAUGACCCUGUUAGAGAAAUGGAGGGUAUGCUUGUUGACGAAUAUGGAAGCAACUCAAGUUUUCAGCUUCCUGGAUUUUGCAUGCCUCAAAUGCUUAAAGAUGAAGAUGAAGAAGGGAGUGAUUCUGAUGGAGGGAACUUUGAGGCUGUCACUCCCGAGCAUGAUUCUGAAGUACAUGAAGUGCCAGAAAUUGCUCAUGCAAUUGAAAAACACAGACGUGUGUUGGAAGACGUUGAUGGUGAGCUUGAAAUGGAAGAUGUGGCUCCCUCUUUUGAUGUUGAAUCAAAUUCAAAUUGCAAUGUGGAGGGAGGAGAUGGGGAUGCCUCACAGUUGGAAAAGAAUGUCCAACCAUCCUUUGUUCCUCCUCUUCCACAGGAGGUUCCUCUUUCUUCGCCACCUCUACCACCAUCCUCUUCACCUCCACCACCACCACCUUCUAUGCUACCUCCUCCACCACCACCACCGCCACCUUCUCUUACCACUGGUCCGUAUCAUGCUGCAGUUGAUGCAAAAAAAUUUGUAGAUUCACAGAUUGUGAGAGACAACAUGCACCACUCUAUGGCUGAACCCAUGACUGCACCCAGAAGUAGCCAACCUAUCAAUGAUGCAGUGUGCUAUCAAGACCCAGAACAAAGAGGCAUGCAUAUGACGGUACCAGAGCCUUCAUGUUCUUUCAAGACAUCCAUGGCACAGCCACAACACAGUUUCCGGUAUUCUGAUGGUGCUACCCUGCAACACAAUGGCUAUCCAUUACGACCACCUCAACCUGUGCCAUCUGAUCAGUUUUCUUUCGUUCACAGGGAACAAUUGAAACCUCCUCGGGAUGGUCCACCACCACCACCACCACCUUUCCACUCCCAUAGGCAUCACUUUGUGCAGAACAUGCAAAGAGAGAACUUCUCUAGCAAUCACGAUAGAUCAAAACCACCUCCAUAUGACUAUCAAGAGAGAUGGAAUCCUCCCAUGCCUUAUUCUGGUCCUCAGUAUCAUGACAAUGGUAUGCAUGUACCUUAUGGUUGCCACCCGUGUGAAUCUACUAGUUUACCAGGUCAGGGAUGGAGGUUUCCUUCCCAGUCAAUGAAUCACUGGGAUUCCAUGCCUUACAGACCACCCUAUGAAGAUGCAGUUCCAGUAGCUAACCGAGGUUUCAAGAUAAUCAUGUUUCAGGCCCAAGCUAUUGGCGACCGAGAUGAACAUAUAUUUCAAGAAAUGAUGACUGAAAUGGGAGCUUCAAAUUCGGUUUCGGAAAAAUCCAUCUUUGAAUUCACUGUUAAGGAUGCCAAGGGAAGAGAUGUGAGCCUCAGCAAUUACAAGGGCAAAGUUCUUCUUAUAGUCAACGUCGCUUCAAAAUGUGGAUUCACGGACACCAAUUACACCCAGUUAACUGAGCUUUACAGCAAAUACAAGGAUAAAGGUCUAGAGAUACUGGCAUUUCCAUGCAACCAAUUUUUGAAGCAAGAGCCUGGGUCUAGUGAAGAUGCAGAGCAAUUUGCCUGUACAAGAUACAAGGCUGAAUAUCCCAUUUUCGGAAAGGUCCGCGUGAAUGGAUCAAGUGCAGCACCUGUCUUCAAAUUUCUUAAGUCACGUAAAUCUGGAUUUCUGGGGUCUAGGAUAAAGUGGAAUUUCACUAAGUUUUUGAUUGAUAAGGAAGGGGAUGUCAUCCAGCGAUACGGUCCAACCACUGAACCAUUGGCAAUUGAAGAUGAGAUCAAGAAGGCAUUGGGGGAGGCUUGAAACUCUUUGGAGUUAUUUUAAAAUUGAUUGUGAUGAAGAUAAGUGAAACAGGAAGAAUGUAUAUUUAGUAGAUGGUGUUUCUUCUAGUGUUUAUUGAUCACAUAUUUCAUGUCUAGGGUCUUCUCUGUGUUAUAUUGUUUGUUGUAUUUAAAAAAAAAUGAACUUUAGGCCUUGUGGUAUAGUUUGUUAUUUUAAGAGUUGAUUGAUGAGAAAUGUACCAGAAAAAACAGUAGUUGAUUGAUGGAAUUUACCUUUAGUUAUUUGUUUCUGUAAACUUGUAAGAAAAUGUGAAUUAGUUUGGGCAGGAAAUUA